AUGUGCCCAACCAGCGUUGACAUUUGGGCGGUGGGCAUUGCCGUUGUCAUUGGAGGUCAAUACUUCUCGUGGAACGAAGGGCUUGCUGCAGGGAGCGUCAGUUACGGCAUUGCCGUGGGUGCCAUGGGAAUGGCGUACUUGUGUUUGACGCUGUCGAUGGCCGAAAUGACCAGCAUGAUGCCGUUCGCGGGGGGUGCGUACGGCCUCGGCCGAUGCACGUUGGGGUUCUUCACUGGCUUUUUGCUUGGGUGUUGCGAAACCCUCGAGUACAUCCUGUACGUCACGUGCUCGUGCCUGACCUUGAGCCGAAUGCUGGCCACGAAAUGGCCCGAGCUCGACAAGUGCAAGUACCUUGUGUGGGCGAUGUCGUAUGUGGUGGCGUGCUUGGCGUUGGCUCGCGGCGGCCGUACGUAUUGGAUGUGGAAUCGAGCCAUGGCUGCCAUAUCCUUGGGCAUCGUCGUGAUUUUUUGCUUGGGUUCGCUUCCGUUUGUGGACACCACUCUGCCUUUCCAGUCGGAUUACUUCGUUGUGGGCGAUUUAACGGACUUUAUAGAAGCGUUUCCAAAGGCUGCUUGGUUCUUCAUUGGCAUCGAAUCGCUCAACACAUUGAGCAAUGCCGUGCCAAACCCCAAGUCCACCAUUCCCCGGGGCCAGCUGGCUAGCAUGGUGACACUGCUCAUCACAGCGACGUGGACGUACGUUGUGUGCAUGUUGUUGCCUCCAGGAUUGCCCACACUGAGUGCCGAGCUGUCCCCGUUGAACCGUGGCUUUACGCGCAUGUUCAACAUUUCCAACGCAACUGCGACGUUGUUGGCGGUGCCUGCCACGUUUGCCACGGCUCAAGGCUUCAUGUUGUCGUACUCGAAUAUCCUCAUGGCAAUGGCCAACUCGAAAUUACUUCCGGCUUUCCUCGCCACUCGCCACACGUCGUUUGGAACGCCUGUGAACGCGUUGGUGUCCGGCACGAUGGUCAGUUUCGCGCUGUGCUUCGUUGUGGAUGCGUGGUCGUUGGACCAAUAUGUGUUUAAUGCGUGCAUGCUGUUUGCAUUUACGUCGUACACGGCGCAAUGCCUGGGGUACAUUUUCCUCAAGACCCAUCACAAGACAACCAAGAGAUUGUUUACGAGUCCGCUGGGCAUUGGUGGGGCUGUGUUUGCCAUGUGUGUGUGGGUGCUGAACACGAUCGGGAUUGUGGCGUUUCAAGGUGAUCACCAGAUGAGCCUCAUUUUUGUGGUACUGCUGGUGGGAGUGUGCUCUGGGUACUAUCACGGCUACGCCAAGCAUCACCAAUCGUUCUCGGAAGAAGAGCAAAAGAUCAUGCUGUUUGCCCAUAUUGCAAUCCACAAUUCGGCCAAGGCCAAACAGGCAAAGAGAUCCAAGGGAAGUUUAAGUUCCAGGGGCAGUACGAGAAAAAUGAGCAAGAGAUACCUCCAAGUAGGGGUGCGUCCGUCAAGUUCUGUGGCCGUGACUAACACUACUGCAAUUGAAUCAUAA